ACCGGCUCACCGAAAAGACUCGGAACCACUAACGUCCUGUGUUAUGACGCAAUUUAACCGCGACUCAUUUAUACAAAAAUGAAUUGUAAACGACAGCGAGAUAGCAAGAAUGCCGAGAAAGGAAAGAAGAGAAAUAAACGCGAAGAGAGAGCAGAACUUUCUGCACUACUCGAGGACGAUGAUGUGAAGAGGGGAGUGAAGGAAGCAUGGUCGCAGCGAGCGCAGUACUCUCAUGGGGACCUGGAGCUGGACUGCCACCCUUUCCCUCACUUGCUCAUCAGGAACUUCAUCCAGGGUGACAGCUUUACAGAGAACCUACAGAGGGAGCUUCUGGACCUCAACUUCCAUGAGAAAUCCAACGACCUGUACAAAUUUAAUCAGUCAGACGACCUGAAAAAGAGAAAAGAGCCUCACAUCACAGGUUUGAGGGCAGCACUAUUUGGGCUGUUUCGAUCCUGGCUGGGGGAAGUGUUGGGGGUAGAACUGGAGCCUAUAGUGGAUGUUUCCUGUGCCAAGUACCAAUACACUGAUGUUCUGUUGUGUCAUGAUGAUGAGUUGGAGGGGAGGCGUGUUGCCUUUAUCCUCUACCUUGUCCCUCCAUGGGAGAGCAGCGAUGGAGGAACCCUGGAUCUCUUCAGCACAGAUGAUCACUUCCAGCCCCAUAGUGUGGUGAAGUCUCUGGUGCCCAGCUGGAACACUCUGAUUCUCUUUGAGGUUUCACCCGUCUCCUUCCACCAGGUUGCAGAGGUGUUGUCAGAGGAUAAGUGUCGUCUCUCUCUGAGUGGCUGGUUUCACGGGCCGUCUUUGGAGCGACCCCCUCGUCACAUCGAGCCCCCCUUCCUAAGGAGCCCCCACCUUCCCAGAGAUGAGACACUGCUGCUAGAGUGGCUGAAUCCACUGUAUCUGGAUGUUGACUACCAGUCACAGGUUCAGCAAGAGUUUGAGGACAGCUCUGAGAUCCAGCUCAAGAAUUUUCUCAAAGAGGAGAAGUUUAAGGAGGUGAGUGAAGCACUGCGAUUGACUGAUGUCCAGUGGACCAAGCGAGGUCCUCCCAACAGGAGAUGUUAUGAAGUGGCUUCGUUAGAGUCCUUCCCCCAGUGUGUAAGUGCAUGCUGGGAGUUGCUGUGCUCGGAGGCUUUCUUCCUGCUUCUGUCCAACUUCACUGGCCUGAGACUGCACUACCUCAGCCCUAGUGACGAAGACGAGGAGGAAGAGAAGGACCAAGAAGAUGAGGAAGAGGGAGAAGCCACAGGGUCAUCUGGGGACACACCAUCAGCUAAUAAGAAUAACAAAGAGCCGAGCACACCGGUGUGUGUUGGAGAGCUCCGUCGCUGGGCUCACGGGGACUACACACUACUGCACGAUGGAGAUGCAUCGAAAGCGGAGUACGCCCUUGACCUACUGCUGCCCCUGAGCUGUCCUGACUGGCAGACCGAGUUUGGGGGCUUCACCUCUUACAUUGCUAAUGAAGAGGAUGAGGAGCUCCUGAUGGUGUAUCCAGAGGAGAACUCCCUGGCUCUUGUCUACAGAGACAAAGAGACUCUCAAAUUUGUCAAACAUAUCAAUCACAGAAGCUCCACUCUACCUAUUGGUGAUUCUUGUAGGAGAGCAGUUUAUGACUUCUCCUUUGUGUAUUAUGAAUGAGUUUUUGUGUGUAUGUGUUGAGGUGUAUGUGUUUGUAAUAUAACACCACUGUGAGGGGUGGUCGGUCUACUCUAAAGCCUCAUGAUGUCAUGUGUUCUUCAUUAAAGUAAACAGGCAGGGAUACCCUGUUACCGUGGUUACCUGGUUUUGGUCGGCAGCCACAGAGUAAAACAGAUUUUUAAAAAUUGUC